GCGGGCCUUGGUCGUCGUACUACAGCAACGACUGGGAGUCGUGGCAAGCGUGGCGAAAGAAUACCUUCUGGAAACCGAAGCGUCGUAGCUCGUGGUCUGGUGUGGUGGAUUCAGGCUUAACACGAGGCCCUCAAGGACCCGACGGAAAGACAACGACUUCAAAGAAGCACUCAACAUGCCCCCGAUCGGACUGGGACAGCGAGGACAUCACCUCCAAAGCCACGGGUUGCGACACCUCCAACACCACAGGUGAAGAAAAGGAAUGCUCGAACACGAACAAGAAGGUGCGAGGACCAUCAGGGCUUGCAUUACUGGAAGAGAAUUUCCAGCAUUCAUUGUCUGCUGAGCCGACUGCAGCUUGGGAAGCCGGAUCCUCUGGCCUCGAUUCACCGCGUAGUUACGCCACCGCAGAGAGUAGCCAUACCACCUCGACCCAAAAUGACAGGAAAUCUAAAGAACCGUCAGCGAAGGCUGCAGCUGUUUCAACAACGCAAAAAGAGGGGCGCACGAUACAGACGUCUUCGCGCGAUUCAGCACUGACAGCAGAAGUGAAGCAAGAUGAUGUUAAAGAGGAUGAAGAUUCUCGCACGAAAACAGUGGCGGCACCGUCUGCGGUUUCGAAGCCACCGAAUACAUUUCGAGGUCGUUCUUACUGGGGCGCGCGGCGUGCCAUUAUAGGGCAGAUCCGUUCUUUCUCUGCUACGGCCGCAUGUAAUAGAGGACAGGCGAAGGCCUCUACCUUCGAGUUAAAGUGGCUUGGCUGGACGUCAGAGGAACAAAACGGUGUGGAAAGGGAGGGAACAGGCCGCGCUAAGCCGAAAUCGAAAUCCAAAAAAGGCAAAGGUAAGGGAAAAUCCACGGAAGCAGAAGGAGAGUCCAAUG